AAUUUAUUGUUGUUUUUUUGCAAAUUCCGUACCACGAAUAAGUUUUUCAAAUUCCUUUGGAAAAAAAUGGCAGAUCAAGUAGAAAAAGAGAAAACCGAUCAGCAGAUUGAUGAAAAGGAAGCGAUCGACAUUAAGCUUGCUAUCAACAGAUUUAUGUGGUUAAGAACUACAAAGUCAAAUUAUACUUGUCUAAGAAAUAACAAACUUUCAGGAAGACCUUCCAUCUAUGCAGAUUUGAAGGAAUUGCUGGAAUUAUGCAAUACCAUAGGCAUUGCUGCUAAAGAUGAUCCUUCAUUACCAAUCGACCUGAUUAAAAAGGCGAUGCAAUCAGAAGCAUUUAUAUCUGAGGAACUUCUUUAUUUGUUUGCUUUCUGUUUGAGUGAAAGUAAAAAUGAAGACUUCAAGAAGGGAAUUCGAAAUAUUAUUUCCGAUCAGAUAAUUUCACCAAAUGAUCUUCUUCAAUUUGUAAUCUUUUACAAAGGUCAUUCUAAAGAUAAAUUAUCUUUAUCAAGUGGAAUGAAAAAUUGUUUGGAGAAGUGGUACGAGAAGAGAUCUCCAACAGAAUUAUUGGAAAUCGCUUUUACUUCUAAGAAAGUCUUGGAAUUUGGUCAUAUUGAUAUUUUACGCAAACUUCAUCCAAAAUCUGAAAAUCAGGAUAAACAAGAAAUAUUCAAAAUGUGUUUCAAGACAAAACAAGAAAUUAAGGAAGCUGCGCAAUCUUCUUCAACCAGUAAGAAAAUUAUGAAAUAUAAAGAACUGAAAGGAUGUCAACAGCUUUCUGAAGCUUUAUCCAUUCUCAAAUGCAAGGAUUUCACGUAUAAAAUGGAACAUCUUCCAUCAGUUGCUCUCAAGUCACCCGACGCUGUUGAACUUAUUCUUCCUAAUUUGUCAUUCAAUGAAAUACUCGCAAAUCUGGAAUCCUUCUGUAACCGCAGGUUAUUAAGAGUUCAGGAAUCAUUGUCUCGAAAAAUCUGUAAUGUUUUGCAAUGCACAAAUAAAAAUGUAAGUGAAGCGAAGCUUAAUCCAUUUUAUGUUUACGAAAUCAUGAAAGUGAUUGAACGUAAACUGACAGUAAUUGACGGUCAGGAACACAAAAAUGAAAAUGCUAAAGCAUCAACUGGAAAUGAUGGCAAAGAAAAAAGUGAAAACAAGAAAAUCUUAAAUCCAUUUAUCAUCAAGAAAAUUCAUGCAAUUUUUAUACAAACACUCAAAGAUCAACCAAAAACUGGAUGUCGUUACUACAUCACUAUGAAUUUACGGAAAUUUUCAAAAAAACAAAUGAAUGUUUUCGGUAUGAACGAAAUUCGUUGCAUUGAUGUUCAAACGAUUCUUGCUUUGUUGAUGUUGAAAAAGGAAAAAGAUGUCACGUUGAUGUCUUACACUGAUGACAGAAAUAGAUUGAAGUCAAUUCCAUGGAAUAAAGAGACGACAUUUGAAAAUGCUUUGGAAUUUUACGAGAAAGAAAUUAAGGAAACUCCUAAAUUAAAGGAAAACUUCUUGCUGCCUUUGAGAAAAGCUGCUGAAGAUAAGAAAAAAGUCGACGUUUUCAUCACCAUUGUAAGCUCGAUUGGGAGAAAUGCAGGGAAAUAUGCAAAACCACCGAUUGCCGAGCUUGAAAAGUACCGAAAAGCUAUGAACUUGAAUAUGACAAAACUCAUCAUUAUCAACUUAACUCGUAAGAAACCUGAUAUUCAAUACGAUGAGAAAACCUUGAACAAGAAAGGAAUUCUUGAGAUUGUUGGCUUCUCUCCAAAUGCUUUUAAAGUUAUCGAAGCUUAUUCUAAGAAUUUGUUUGCUUAAUUUUUUCUUUUUUUCGCUUAUCUAACUUUAAACUUUAAUGUUGAUGGUUUAUCAGAUAACAGAAUCUCAUUAAAAUCUUAAAACGUAGCCGACCAUUCGAAUACCAAAUAGUGCCAGCGUUUCAAAAAUAAUAAUUCAAAAUUAGUUAAUUUGAAUUACCAGUGAUUAAUAUUCAUUAUUAAAUUUCUUCUUCUUUUUUUUUGAAAAUUUAUAAAACAUUGCAUCAAAUAUUGAUUAUCUAAUUAUCGAAAUAUAUUAAAAUGUAUUCAUUACUGAUUCAGUGGAAUAGUAAUGGCUAACCAGGCAGUGAUAACAGUGACAUUAAAAUCAUUUCAUGAAAACAUUUUAUUUUUUUACAAAACCAAAAUUUCUCUUAAUCAAACAGGGCAUAGAAUUUGAAUUAUUUGUCUUUAUGAUGUGAUUAGAAGGAAUUUUGAUAAAUAUAUCACAAAUUUUAGAAACUUUCAAUUAAACUUGAAAUUCUAAUUAAGAAAUUGUUAAAGUAAAACCCAUCCCUGUAAUUAAUUUUAUUUCUCAUAAUUAUCAAAAGAAUGUGAAAAUAGAAAUUUCCUUUUUUACCUAAAUUUAUUACCUAUUUGUGUACUAUUUUGUUCUAAAUUCCGUGGAUGAAGGUACGAUUGUGAAUUUACAUUUAAUAUGCCACAUUUAAUGUUUAAGACGAUGGUUGAUCAUGUAGAAUGCUACUAACCGAAAUAUAAUCAAUGAUGCUAUAAGAACCGAAAUAUUUCCAACUGAUAUCUCGUCUUUAAAAUCAAUUUCCUCUAAGAACUUUUGAGGUCGCUCAAAGUGACAGUAAAUUUCUUCGGUGCAUUCCAGCUUCGAUCGAUUAUAUCCCAGUAUUGAUACUAGAGUUGCAUCACCAGCAUGCUUCGUAUAACAAAUCUCAAAGAUCCAAUAAAAGAACUUGUUAGCAUCUUUUUGUGUUAUCAUAAAACCACCAAAAAGAACAAUCACAGGCAAGAAUACUGCAGCAAAGUAAAGAGCAUUCUGAAAUUUAAAGAAUGAUCCAAUCAUCAAUCCAAGACCUUGAGAAAUAAAACUAGACAAGAUUUGAAGCAUCACAAAGUAAGCGAAACGAAAAUCUUCGAACGGUUGAUCAGUCAUUACGUAAACCGUCGCAACAAAAAUAAACGAGCAUACCAAUGUCAAGGGUAUAUCAGCAAUAGUCAUAGCUAGAUAAUAAGCACUUGUUGAAUACCAUCGAUUAAAAUGCUCCGUUUUAAUAAUCGCAAUUUCUGAUGAAAAUCGUGUCGCUAAUGAAUAAAAACUUGUGUACAUUAGGAAAAGUGUAAUUGCAUAGACAAGUCGGAAGUUGUUUGUGAUUCGCGUUGCUUGUCCUCCAGUAUUUUCAAAGAAAGCUCCGACUAUCAAAGCUACCACAAUAUGAAUCCCCAGCCGUAACCACAUUAUAACCUUAUCUCUAUAGAGCAUCAAAAAAUUGCGUAACAAUAAAUUGCUUAACUGAUUCAUAAAUGAAGAUGAGAAGCGAUUGGUAAAAUCUUCAUUUAUAAUUUCAAAUUCAUAUUUUUUCACUUUGUUAUUUGCUUCAACUCGGUAACUUUCGUUACUACCAUUCUGUAUCAUUUUUGAAAGUGCAUCGUUUUGAGAACCGUAUUCGCCGGUUGCAAUUUCCAUGAGAAAGUCUGAUGGAUUAUACGAAGGUGGACAAUUCAGACCAGCAUCUGCCAAAAAAGGCACCAGAUUAUUAGUUCCACCUUGAUAAAUGCAACGUCCAUCUGUCAUUGCAUAAAGAUGGUCAAACAUUUGAAAGAGAAGCGCUGAAGGAGUGUGGAUUGUGCAAAUAAUUGUCUUGCCUUGUUGUGAAAGCUUCUUCAAUAAGCGUAUACAUUGCAAUGAUGAUGAAGAAUCUAAGCCAGUGGUUGGUUCGUCUAGGAAGAGAAUUGAAGGGUCAUCAACUAGUUCAAUUGCAAUUGACAAUCUCUUUCUUUGUCCACCACUUAAAUUCUUCACAAAAACAUCAGUUCGUUGUUCGAGUCCGAGUGUCUCAAGAAUUUGAUCAACUUUUUGUUUCUUCUUUUCCCUCGUCAAUUUCGAACCACAUUUCAAAUUAAUUGAGAACAUCAUCGAUUCAUUGACACUAAGAAGUAAAUUUAAGUUCUCAUCUUGCAUAAUGUAUGAUUGACUUCUUGAUGCUCUGUUGAACUCUAGAACCCCGGUAACAUUUUCAGUUACAAAACCUGACAGAAUGUUUAGCAGCGUUGUUUUCCCACUGCCACUAGUGCCCAUUAUAGCCGUCAGCUCGCAUGAUUUGAACUCUCCUGAGAUAUUUUUAAUAACUUGUUUUAAAGAUUUCUUGAAUGUUCGAUUAAUGACAGUGUAAUUUAAUUCACGAAAUUUUAUAUCAUUUGCCAUGUUUUUGCUUUUGUUUUUCAGGAAGAAACCUCAAAACUUGACUUUACUUUUUAUAUUUUUUUAAUAAUUUUAUCAUUGCCAAGGAGAACUUAAACACGAAAUUUACUUUUUUCCUAAUGUUAAUGUUCACUGACUGAUGUGUAGAUUGUAACUGCUUGACUUUUUUAUUUUUACUCAACACUCAAGCUUAACUAAGACCUUAACGAUCAAAAGAUUUAAGUUGAAUGACAUGUUAAUUUUUUUCCUCUUUAUUAUUUUUUUUUCGCGAAUGUUUAAUUAAUUGUUGGUUAUUCAAAAAUUAAUGAUGAUGCUUUACAAAGUAAGCUGGUCAAGGUCACUUUUCAGACAUACACAUGUUUAACUCUUUUAUUUGUUCACAUCGGAAUUGAGAGAAAAUAACAAAUGAAGUGAAAACGUGCUGAGGCUGUAACUUAAAUAUCAAAGAUCUAUAUAGAAUAACUUUUAAUUUGCAAAUGAAGUUUAACGAUCAUUGUCACGGAUUUUUAUACUCUGUUUACUUCCUAUUAGACAGAUUUACUGGACGCACUAAUUACAAGUUUUUACUAUGGGAAAUUAUCUGUUGCAAUAUUUACAAUGCAAAUGAGACCUUCAAUAAAAAUAUAAUUUACAUUAAUUUGCAUUUUUGAUUCAUUAAUGAUCGAUUUUGCAUCCUUGGCUAAGGUACAGAAAUUUUUCUAUUUAACGUAGUGAAAACUCUGAUGAAAAACGUUCAAUAAAAUGUGAUACAAUGUAGCGAGGCUUUUAAUUAGAAAUCCAAUAUUGUUUUUGAUAAAUAUUUUUGCAACAU